CUAGCUUGUGCCACGCUCGCCAUGUCCUCAACCGCCGAUUUAGAAACAGUCUUGAACGAGAAUGCUCAACCUCUUGUUGCGGAAUUCGACCAGAACAACCUCGAACUGCGCGAAAUCGUCGCCGGCGUCGAUGCCACCCCAGCCUUGGCCCAAGCCCCGGCAGUCACGACCUACUGGAUAAACUCGGAAAUCAACCCAACUUCGGCAACUUAUGUCCCAGUCGUCUACACGCAGACAUUUGCUUCUGUGUAUGAUCAGUUGCCUGCACCCGGUGUGGGUCAGAUCGGAUUGGGGACGUUACAGCAGGAGAAGCGCGAUGCAGCACCGACCCCUGCAGCUGGUCCGGGGACUGGUGGUAAGAAUGGAAUGAGAGCGUUUCGCGGCCUGCAGCGAUGAACAAAAAUACUGUCUUGUGCUUGGUGGACACUUCUUCUCCUUCUUUUGGUGGACGCGGCCAAAUGUGCUAACGUGGAGUGUGACCGGGCAGAUGAUGCGUCUUCGUUUGUUCUCGAGUUGCAGACUUUGAUACAUACGAUUGGCGUCACGCCAGUCUUUCAGGUCACUGAGCUCACCGAGAUCGAAGUUGACGGGGAGGGCACUGGGAACGGCAUGGAUAACAGCACCACUUUAGGCAAUGCGACUGAAACAGAGGACAGCAGUGUCUGAGAGUGAUACGACGGCAGUCUUCUUCAAUAGACGGAUCUCUUUUGGCUUGAUAGCGUCUUCAGCGAGCGAUGGUAUAGAUUUGGACACUAGCGAGCGUAGGAUGAAAUGCCACACAUGGCAUCAGGAACAGGAAGAUGAUAUGUGUAGGAGUAAGAUUAAGAGGAAGCAUAGGGUACCCUACUGUACAACAGCAAAGUACAACAGCAAAGAUUCGAG